AUGACUUGACUUUCCAGCCUCGCGGACAGGACGAACGACUCGCGCGAUGACCGUCCCAUGGAGUUUGCUGUGGAUUCUGGGUUUGAUCUGCUCUUCGGACUCCAGCUGCUCUCCGACAUCUUACUAUAAGAGCUGCUGGAUCCGCAGAUAUCCAGGACUGUAUGUGGACAUAGAGGAAUCUCAGCGCAGAGGAGCCCACAUCCUGAAGCUUUAUCAGGAGGAGUCUGCGGUCAAGUGCAGCAGAGCCUGCUGCCUCACGCGAAACUUCUCCUGCAACCUGGCUGUGUAUCAUUUCAACACCACUCAGGACAGUGUGAACUGCUUUCAUCUUCAAUGUCCGAACCUUGAGAGCUGCAUUCCUCACCACAGAGGAAAUGUCAUCCUCUAUAAUGUCACUAAAGGUGUGGAUCCUGAUCUGUUGGUUUUCGGGAAGUACUUCACCACCAACGUGCGUGUGCUGCCUCACAUGUCCUCCUCACGACUCAAUGUAUCAGAGCCGCUGACCUCUGACAAGCGUCAGUUCAACUAUCCCCCCAACCCACCCGUCCGUUCAAUCAGUCCUGCAUCCACUAGCACGAAAACACCCACAACCCCCCAACAAACCACUCGCGCUGUUCCUACUGUGCAUCAAGUACAACAAACCCUCCCUCGAUGUACUACAACACAGGACGACUUCUACGUCACAGGGAGCAUUGAUAAACAUGCGUCAUACGACCACCUCUCCGACGGAUACCUGACCCUAAGUUUCACACACACUCGACUGGUCAACUCCGCAACCACCAGUAGCUUGAGUUCUUCUCUAACUGCCCCAACUAGCAGCAUGGUGGACAGUCAACCGUACCCCAAUGACACGAAGGGUUACAUCAGCCGGAACAUCACUACAGGUGAUGCACCUCAAACUGGUGGGGAUGGAGGCUUGAUGUCAGUGUGGCAUUUCGCGGCCAACACUGUACUGGUGUCUUUAGCGACCUGCGCUACCAUCACAUUCUGCUGCUGUUGUUCGGUGUUUGUGGCUCUGAGCUGGAGAGGCCGGAGGCGUCGGAAGGGCAGGUACAGGACAAAUCUGAGGUGCAAGAGAGGAUCAAUGAGACUCAUCAAAUACGUCAUUGUAAGAGAAAGUUCGUAAAAAGCGUAGUUCUUCACAUCUGGCACUGGGUUGGGUUGCAACAGCUGUUUUUAAGCUCUUACUUACAUUGAAACAU